AUGAGCGCACCCAGUAUGCAGUGCGCGAGGUACUUGCACACGGCCGGACGUCGCGGGGCGCACGUGGCCAGCAUAGCGGCGCCCAGCGCGGAACAAACUUUCGCUCACGCUCUACCCUACAGCCGCGUACCAGGCCCGAGACCUCUUCCCUUGUUGGGGAACACUUGGAGGUUACUUCCGAUAAUAGGCCAAUAUCAAAUAUCUGACAUAGCACGUGUAUCAGAAAUAUUUUACGAAAAAUACGGACGCAUUGUUCGGCUUGGAGGACUUUUAGGAAGACCAGAUCUUCUCUUCGUCUAUGAUGCAGAUGAAAUCGAAAAGGUUUACAGAAACGAAGGACCUACUCCAUUCAGACCAUCUAUGCCUUGUUUAGUGCAUUACAAAGGAGUUGUACGAAAAGAUUUCUUUGGAGAUUUGCCUGGAGUAGUUGGAGUUCAUGGAGAGCAAUGGCGUGAAUUUCGUUCGCGCGUCCAACGGCCUGUUCUUCGACCAGCAACCGUCCGAAAGUAUGUCGCACCUUUGGAACAAGUGACCGAGGAUUUUAUAGACAGAUGUAACGGUUUAUUGGAUAACAAGUCAGAAUUACCAGAUGAUUUUGAUAAUGAAAUACAUAAAUGGUCUCUUGAAUGCAUAGGGCGUGUAGCUCUGGAUACACGUCUAGGAUGUCUUUCGUCUGAUCUUAAAACAAAUAGCGAACCACAAAGAAUUAUUGAUGGAGCCAAAUACGCUUUACGUAAUGUUGCUACUCUAGAAUUAAAAGCUCCAUUCUGGCGAUAUAUCAGGACACCACUGUGGACCAAAUAUGUACAAAAUAUGGACUAUUUCGUAGAGAUAUGCAUGAAAUACAUAGAGCGAUCAGCAAUAACACUCCAAGAAAAAAAGAAAACAAGAUGCCCUGCAUCUGAUGAAGAACCAUCAUUGUUAGAACGUGUUUUAGAAAAUGAAUCCGAUCCUAAAAUCGCCUGUAUCAUGGCAUUGGAUCUGAUACUUGUAGGAAUAGACACGAUUUCGAUGGCCGUAUGCUCAAUCUUGUACCAACUGUCUACGAGACAAGCAGAGCAGCAAAAAUUGCACAAAGAAUUGGUAAAAGUACUACCAGACCCAAAUACACCCCUGACGCCACAAUUAUUAGAUCAGAUGCAUUAUCUUAAAGCGUUUAUAAGAGAAGUAUUCAGAGUUUACAGUACUGUUAUUGGUAAUGGCAGGACCUUACAAAAUGAUGAAGUAAUCUGUGGUUAUCAUAUACCCAAAGGCGUCCAAGUGGUAUUUCCAACAGUGGUGACAGGAAAUAUGGAAGAAUACGUAAAAGAUGCAUCAGUGUUUAAACCAGAACGAUGGAUGAAAUCACAAGGAAAAAAUAUUGACUCUGAAAUUCAUCCGUUUGCAUCACUCCCUUACGGUUAUGGUGCAAGAAUGUGCUUAGGAAGGCGAUUUGCUGAUCUCGAAAUGCAGAUAUUGCUUGCCAAGCUGAUCCGUUCUUAUAAACUGGAAUACCAUCAUGACCCACUAAAAUAUGCUGUGACCUUUAUGUAUGCACCUGAUGGACCACUGAAGUUCAAAAUGACUCCAAGAGACUAG